AUGCCAAACGAAAAAAAAAAUAAUCCGGAAUUGUUUAUUUGUUCUAGUUGCACCGAAAAAAAAAAUGUUAGAGAAUUAGCAAGCACAGUUCCACUUUACGAAUCUGAACCAGUAAAAACUUGUCGCGAAUGCUAUGACCGCUAUCAUAAUCCGCCCAAAGAAAAAAAAGAAAAGAAACUUUUUUUUUGUGCUUUUUGUCAAACUGAGGUUAUUUCAGUUCUUUAUCGAAUGAAAGUAGAUGUUUCUGAACCGAAUGAAUUAGGUUUAAAAAAAGGAAAAACUUAUAACUUUUGUUCCUCUUGUAAAAACAAAGUCGUAGAGUAUAAUAGUGGUCAAGAUGAUGAUGACGAAGAUUUAGGACCUUGA